ACACACCCCAUUUAAUUUCUCAUAAAUCUUCGCACCUUCCAUUUCCAUCGACUCUCUCUCUCUAGAACCAUCAUCUCUCUCUCUCUUACACACCCCAAAAAAUCAGUGAAGGAAAGCCAAGAGAAGACCAAAACGAUGUCGUGGCAGCAGUACGUGGACGAGCACUUGAUGUGCGAAAUCGACGGCAACGCCCUCACGGCCGCGGCCAUCCUCGGCCAAGACGGCAGCGUUUGGUCCAAGAGCGCCAACUUUCCUCAGUUUAAGCCGGAAGAGAUUGCGGCCAUUAUGAAAGAUUUUGAUCAACCCGGAACGCUUGCCCCCACUGGAUUAUUCCUUGGAGGGACUAAGUAUAUGGUGAUUCAAGGUGAAGCCGGAGCGGUAAUUCGUGGAAAGAAGGGCUCUGGUGGCAUUACUGUUAAGAAGACCAGUCAGGCCUUGAUCAUUGGCAUAUAUGAUGAGCCUUUGACUCCUGGGCAGUGCAACAUGAUAGUUGAAAGGCUGGGCGAUUAUCUUAUUGAACAGGGUCUGUAAUUGCACUGUACGUUACUAUUUCAUGGUGAACUAGGAGUGAGAACGAAGUUGUUGCUGCUUGGAAUGUGAUGGAUUAUGUGUGAGCCAUUUGUUCUGGAUUGCCUUUGUGAAUGAUAGUAUCUGGAUUUUACAGUUAAUAUUUUACUGGAGUUAUUGACUUAUUUCUAUACUGUUCCGCUGAAGCGUAUGUAAUUGAAUUUGUCUUCUUGGAGAUACCAUGAACGUAUGGCUUUGUAGUAGUUUGUUCCAUCAGAAAUAUGACUUGGGUGUAAAAUAUGAAACAUUCUGCUUAACCUUCC